AUGCUGUCACCUUCACUGCUCAGCCUGCAUGAUCAGGGCGAUUAUGAGGAAAAGCUAACGAGUGUACCACGUUUGCUCAAAACGUUGAUCGGCGAAGAGGAGUACGCGGAUUGGCUUAAUUUUGUAGCAGAGACAUCUGGCGCUGCCGAUAGCAUUCAAAGAGUGGAGAAGCAGCUUUCUGAAACAGAUCUGCCUGCUGCCUGGACUACAAUGCCAAGAGGCAUUGACGGACAACCGCUGUAUUUUACGAAGCAGAAUAUUUCCGAGCUGGAUGCGAAACAAAAUGAUACG